UAUUUACCACGUGCUUCGAAUACUAGAUAUAUAUCAGUCGAUUUAACCGUGUUUAGCGUGGGUUUUCUGCGACUAAUCGAGGGCUCUUCCUUUAACUUCGCGGUUCUGCAAAAUUUGUUUCUGAAUCUUUACUCUAUUUGUAAUAAUCUUGAAGAAAAAUGGUGGAAAAGAAACUUUUUAAGACGAAGCUAUGUCAGUUGUACCAGAAAGGUCGCUGCAAUCGCCAGUAUUGUAAUUAUGCACACGGCGAAGCCGAGCUCCGCCGCUCCUUCAAUGGGAGGCAGGACUACCGAGGUAGAGACCUGAGAGAAAGGCUUGAUAGAAGGCAUUCUCCACUGCGUAGAUACUCACUAGAGAGAGAUUCAAGAGCAAGACAUGUAUCUCAUGGAGGCAGUCCUCACUCUCUUGGAAAAAGGACUGACGGAAGGGCAAGGAAAAGACAGCAGGUAGAUACCCGUAGUGAUUAUUCUGGAGGCUUCAAAACAUCAGAUGGAACUGAAGAUCAAAUCAGAGAUAAAAGGCAGACAUCCUCUGAUUCCAAAAAUCUUCUUGAUGACCAGUUGAGGCAAAUGAAGUCAGAUAUUUUAAAGUUGGAUUGUGACAAACAACAGCUGGAGAUCUUCCUAGAAAAGAAAGUUCAAGAAGCAGAUAGCCUAAAUUUGGGGAUUCAGGAGCUUGAAAUGCAACUAUCCAAAGAAAAAGAGGAAUGCAAAAGGAUUACUUCGAAAAUGAAGAAGUUCAUCAAAGCACAUGGUCGACACCUGCGGCUACAAGAGGAAUUGAAGAGGUCACAGGCUCAGCUUAAGAAGCUGGGGGAGCAGCUUGGUUCAGAUGCUGCGGGACCUAUUGCUAAUGAAGAUGAUAUAAAUAUUAACACCAUGAGCGACGAUGAAACUGCUGAUGAGCUUCUAAAAGAUGCUUCUCCACGCAAGAAAAGAACAAGAGUUCACUUGGAACCUCGUGAUAUCUCAAAUGAAGAAAAUCCUACUAGAGGAGAUAAAUUGGCAAAACUUUCCCGUCGUCAUGUGCAUCAUCUGCAAUCAAGCUAUAGCAAAGAACCUGAGGCAUAUGGUGAUGCAAAUAAUGGACAUAAGCAAUCUGCACUCGUAGAAAAGGAAAGGAACACUCCUGAUACUGCCUUGCCGGAUAAGUUCAAGGUAUCUGAAUCAGGCCUUCCACUGCCCCCAACAGGCAUGGCUGCCCAUGCUGUUGAUGAAGAUGUAGAAGUCGUUGAAACGGAGGAAAAGGCCCACGUGGUUGCAGCUGCUUCUGCUGGAGCCGGGCCAGAAGUUGCACCUAAGAUCCCGCGCUUACCAUUUCUGCCGCCGCCGCCGCCGCCACCGCCACCUCUGAUCCCGCAGAAUGUUUAUAUACAGUGUUUCACUUGGUUGACAAUAUCAAUGGAAAUGCAUGCAAGACAAUCGUGUUAUGGAUAUACCUUAAAAUACACUUCAUGAGCAAAAGAUUAGUACAAGGGAGAUGAUGAGAAUGUAGAUAUCGAUGGACCUGACGAGGAGAUGGUAGAAGUGGAUAUUGUUUGAUGUCAUUGUUAUGCAUUUUUAUAUGAUGGUAAAUGUAUAUUUUUGGUAACAAGUAGAACUAGGGAUUUCAGUCUAUAUAAAGACUUACAGGGACAGAGAGAUACCUCGUCUUAUCAGCACAUCAAGUUUCACGUAGUCGUUUAUUAUGUCAAUUUAUAUAUCGUACUAGUUUGUAUUCAAAAGAAAAUUACACUUCAAUGCCUACAUCUUAGCUUAUUAUGUGGGGCGGUGGCACUCGGGAGAAAGAUUUGUACAGCAUGCAAUUGGUGGAUUACUGGAUAGGACAACAGGCCUGAGUGAACUCAAAUCUGUUUGAGAAAUGCAGAGGCUUCACACUGACCAUGAACAAUGGCAGGGUGUUAUGUAUAUUUCAAGCUCUGGUUUGAACUUUGCCUCUUUAUGCCGAGUAGUUAUGCUGAAAUUUAUCAGUCUGUUGGAUAACUCUGCUUCUGAGAGCCAGGUUACGUAGAUUUUUUAAGGUAUUUCGGAGUUGUAUCCUUAUAGAAUUUCCCCUGGUACGUGUUUACUAUUGAGAAAUUUUCAUAGAA